UAAAGAGAGAAAACUACAGUUUAGGGAGACACUGAAACGAAAGGAGAAUGGAGUACGCUGCUUAGGAUGUGGCAGCUGCUUUAAAGUCCAGCACCAAGUUAAAGGAUAAAAUUAACUCGGCUAUUGCUUUUUUCCUUUACUAAUCUUUCAUUCUAGCAUUCCCACUCAGUGAAUGGUGUUGUCGUGUGCGCGCCCUUACAGGGAGCGCGCAUUUUCUUUUUUCUUUUUCCAGCGGCACAGAGGAAAGACUUUCUGGAGAGGGAGUAGAAAGGAUUACAGGAGUGACUACAGUGCUUUUAUUCUUGCACAUAAAAUGACCCGGGUAGAAUUUCUCGCGUCCGUUAGGAAGCUAUGAAGUGUCCUUAGUGUAUGUGUAGCCUGUGUGUGUGUGUGUGUGUGUGUGUGUAUGUGCGUGUGUGUGUUUUCGGCGAACAGGAAAAGGGGGGUCUGAAGUGGAGGCGCUCCUCCGAGUUUAGUCCACCGUACGCUGGAGCCACUGCUGUUGCCAGUUUCUCCCAGGAAAGGACCGGAUUCAGCAGAGAAAGACCGGAGAAGAACUUUGUGCAAGAUGCAGGGGGUUUCAGCUACUGACCUUCCUGCCUCCUCUCUGCAGUACCAGUGUGUAUCUGUGGACUAUCUGUGUUCUCCACGGCUGGUAAAGAAAGGUCCGACUCCCAGACAAUGUCACGACAGGCCUGCCAUCAAACCCCGGCCCCAGCCCUCCACCUCACCCAGACCGCAAACUGUACAGAAACCUCAAGUGCCCCCUAAACCUGCGCACCUGCUCGCCCUUGGGCAAGACAAGAAACCCAAGAGGAUCCCUCCAGCGCCCUCCAGGCCUCUGCCAGCUCCCCCUCCUCCACCUAAACCAAAACCCAGUCUAACCUCCCCUUGUUCAGGAGCACAGCCACAGAGAGAGGCCCAGAAGGUGGGGCUCCUCAUCGAGAGGUUUGAGAACUCAAGGGUCCCCAUCCUGGGUGUGCUCCCACGGUCCCAGCUGCACCUGUGUCUGAAAAUGGACACUGCAUCUGACAUCACUUCCUCCUGCGACCAGGACACCACGGCAAAGGUUGCAGGAGACUCCUCCCCUAUGGACAAACUUGCACUUGGCACCUCCGAACGGACUGACGAGGUGUCUGAACUUUCCUGUUUGGCCUCUGUGCACAUCGAUGGCUCAGGUGACGCCACACUGGACGACUGUGGCGAGGAGGACAUGACACACAGUGUUGGUUGCCUUGACGAUACGGAGCGGGAGGGAGACUCCUCCCAUGAGCUCCUGGACAAUCCGGACUCCUCGGAGCAGAACGGGAAGAUUCCUAACCGGGACAGUGGCAUUGACAGCCCAUCUUGCGCUGCAGAAGGGGAGGUGUUCCCCAACGAGGAUGCCAUCGAUGAGGAGGAUCAUUACGACAGUGUCACUGAAACUGAGAGUGUGUCCUGCUGCGUUACCCUGGGCAACAAGCGGGACUCGACGCAGGAUGAGGACAGUGACUUGGAUGAGGGGAGCAGUGGAGAAAUACUCUCUCUGACAGACACACAGACUGGGUAUCUGACAGAUGCACACACAGAGGCGCACAAGUGCUCAGAGGCUCAGAAGCUCCUAAACAUAGCCAAAGAGCUUCUCCAGACUGAAGAGGCCUACGUCAAACGGCUCAACCUCCUUGACCAGGUAUUUUGCACUAAGCUCACGGAGGCUGGAAUCCCUCAGGAUGUGAUUACAGGAAUCUUCUCCAACAUCUCCUCUAUCUACUGCUUCCAUGACAAGUUCCUGCUCCCUGAGCUCAAGACACGCAUCACUGGAGAAUGGGACUCCAACCCCCGUAUCGGAGACAUCCUCCAGAAGCUGGCUCCGUUCAUGAAGAUGUACGGAGAAUAUGUGAAGAACUUUGACCGAGCCAUGGACUUGGUCAACACCUGGGCACAGCGGUCGUCACAGUUCAAGAGUGUUGUGCAGAAUAUACAGAAACAGGAUGUGUGUGGGAACCUGACGUUGCAGCACCACAUGCUGGAGCCAGUCCAAAGGAUUCCUCGCUACGAGCUCUUGCUCAAAGACUACCUGAAGAAGCUGCCUGAAGAUGCUCUGGACAGAAAAGAUGCAGAGAAGGCACUGGAGCUAAUAUCUACUGCAGCUAACCAUUCAAAUGCAGCUAUCAGGAAAAUGGAGAAGAUGCACAAGCUGCUGGAGGUUUAUGAGAGGCUUGGAGGAGAAGAGGACAUAGUUAACCCAGCCAAUGAGCUAAUCAAAGAAGGACAUAUCAAGAAGAUGUCAGCCAAAAAUGGAACAGCACAAGACCGAUACCUCUACUUGUUCAACAAUAUGGUGCUAUACUGUGUGCCUAAACUCAGACUGAUGGGACAGAAGUUCAGUGUCCGAGAGAGGAUUGACAUCGCUGGGAUGGAGGUGCAGGAGAAUGUGAAGCAGAACCUUCCUCACACGUUUGCCAUCAUCGGCAAGCAGCGUUCACUGGAGCUGCAAGCCAGGACAGCUGAGGAGAAAGAAGACUGGAUUCAGGUGAUCCUGGCAACUAUCGAACGGCACAAACAAAACAGCGAAACAUUCAAUAAAGCUUUCAACAGCUCCUUCUCCCGGGAAGAUGACCACCUCCCUGAGUCACCGGGUCCCUGGUGCAACACAUCCAUCGACUCAGAUGGUGAAAGACUGCAUGAAAGGAAGACUUCCAGGAAAAAGGAGAAAGAGAAGCAAACGUGUAAAGGCUGCAAUGAGAGCUUCAAUUUCACCAAGCGCAAACACCACUGCAAGUCCUGUGGAGCGGCCAUCUGUGCAAAGUGUUCAAAGACCUUGGACAACAAAACGAGCCGAGUGUGCCCAGAGUGUUUCGAAGCCAGCCUCAGCCUGGAGAAUCUAGGCGUUACUGAACAGAAAAGGAAAGCUGCGCCUGAGAGACAGACAUCUCUAACGGGGGAGAACUGCCUGCUAUGUGGACACCUUCAAGUGCAGGAGAAAGGGAAGAGCUGGAUCAAGAUGUGGGUGGCUGUCACCAAGGCUGAGCCACUGGUGCUGUACUUGCAAAGCAGUGGACAGGAGUCCAAGGGGGCGCGGGUGGUGCCUCUCCCGGGGUUUGAGGUGAGUGUGGUACCAUCAUCGGCAGGCGAAAAGUCAGAGGUCAAGCACAUGCUCAGGCUCAGCCACACCCAGCAAACUUUCCUCGUAAGUGCCCAAGAUGCAGAACUUCAGGCCAAGUGGGUGGAGGUCCUCUCCAAAGCUGCCCGCGGAGAAACGCUGACAGAUACAUCAACGAGCCUGACCGAACACAGGAAGAGCCAGUAGCGACCAUGUUGGAGCCACCGGACUCGCUCCCUCUCCCUCCCUCUCCUGUGUAUAGAGCACACAUUACUUGAAUUCACUUUACCUUGGCACUUUUUUGUUAAUUUUUUUGCCCCCUUUUUGAAAGGACCACUCAAUCCUUCCUAUGCCACUUCAAUCUUAUCCUCAUGACCACACAGCUACUCCUUGUUCUCUCUCUCCAUCAUUUUGUCUCUCUCAAACACACACAAAAACAAGAAGGACUACGCUAUCAAGCCAUCAACACCACUGUAUGUAUGUGUGGUUAGGAUAUUUUAUUUUCGUUUUCAACUGCCGGAGAGGACUAAAUGUUUUAUUUGUAAUAUAGCUGAAGAAAGUUCCUGUAUGAUUUUUUUUUUUUUUUAAGAUGAAGUUCCUUGUACAUGUAUAAGACUGUUGUGAAGCAUUAAAUGUGUUUGUCUUUCCUUUUGUGCGCAAGUAUUGUGUGUGUUUGAGUGCGAGUCCCCUCCUGUGUUUAUUAAGUAUUGAAUGUUAGUGUAAGAAACCUGCGCAACCUCUCUGUUCUCUUCACUCCUGCUAGGGACUCAGUGGCAGUUCAGUGGGUAUUGUACAGUAUGUAUACUAUAGUGCGAUGUAAGGAAACAAAGAAAAAAAUAAAUUUUAACUUAAAGAGACACAGAUGUGUACGCUUGUGGCUGGCCACCUGAUGCUCCCACUGUCAGCUCCCAACAGACCCUCUCCUCAUACUUCUCUUAUCUAUAGUGGUAAUAAUUCUCUUCCAUCGUUGUCUUUUUGGACUCUGAGACCUCUAAUCUGAGUCUGAUCCAUCACAUUUCCACUCUUCCCGGUGAGUGUACACAGCCAGAAUGGGAUCACGUGGCCUCAAUUCUGACCCUCAGCUGCAGGUUCAGUCACUCAAUAUUUCCACUUGUACAUGCUAAAUAAAUCCUUUCCAUGUCUCUCUCUCUCUCUCUCUCUCUCUCUCUCUCUCUCUCUCUCUCUCUCUCUCUCUGGACUUAGCAGUUGUUUGCCUGCUUCUCUCCCUUUGGUGAUGUGAUGGAAACCAAGUACUGUACUGUAAAACUGUUAUUUCUGCCUUGCCCCCCAUACCCUGCUCCUAUCAGCACCAGCCUUCAAGCAAAAGUAGCAAAAAAAACCUUCUCAUUGGAUCUCUUUGUGCAUGUAAACUCAUUAAUAUUUAUGUACCGUGCUAUGAAACCCUUCCCCUGUCCCUCUUUUUAUGCUCCAGCAUUCAUUCUUGUCGUACUGUAAGUGAGCAGAGUCAGCAUUGAGUGUUUUAAACAUGGAUUGUGCGCAGUGGAAAAGCAGUCAAGCAUAUCAUCAAUAAACAGAUGUUCAUUCA